GUCUAAACACGCAUGAACCCACGGUCUUGCGACCUCGCCCCACAACACAGGGUCUUACGGAAAAUUCGAACGCAUCGCGUUGCUCCCUCGAGAAGGAGACGUCUCAGCUCAUACCAGGCCAGGAUUCUUUCACCGACAGCCCCACCUGCCGCCCAUCUGAAGCACACAUCACUACGCCGGAACGCAACUACGGCUCUGGGUUUAUGUUUCCCCGUUACGGCACGGCAUCUGUCCAGCUUCGCCCGUGCGUUGCGUUGCCCGGUCGCGAAAGCAAAGAUCUCAGAUCGGGCUCCCUUCACUCGCAACCCCGCCCUAUCGCUCUCUCCGGAUAUAGGACCUCUUCUCUUCAACUCUUGCUCUCGCAAUGACCAAGAGGUAAACAUUCGCCAUGGCCCGCAGAGGCGGGAAUUCCACUCAACGGCAGGCGCCUCAGCCUGUGACGAAUGGGAACGCGAGUUUCAACGGACUCCCGCCGCCAUCUACGAUUCCCGCUCAGAUCGUCCACAAUGCCUCCAAGGCCAACGCUCAACAGAGCCCUGGAGACCAGCAAACCUUCCUAGAACAGAUCAAGCUCUUCCUUCAAAGCCCUACUCUCGAGGAUCCAGAUAUUACAUGCGCCGCUUUCAUCACUACUGUCGCCGAAGGGGGUUUAGAUGUCUUCUACCGAGAAAAUCCAUUUGCUUUGGACUAUUUGAAGGACCAAGCCAUUCAUUGCCUCGAUGCGCUCAAGAUCAUCUUUCGACAAAAGCCUUAUCUACUAUCAGUCGCGCGACAUUCUCUCGACCACAUUGGAGAAGAUGGACCGCCUGUCUUUAUCUGGUUGUUUCCGAAGCUUUUGGGCCUGUUGGCCCAAGAGAAUAUCCUGGAUGUUCAUGGAGAUGUGCAGAGCUUAUUGACUACAUGCCUUGAGAUAUUUUCUCGGUCGCCUAGCGCGUUGCGCAGGGCAAAGUCAAUCCUGGACGUGUACAAGGGAUGCGUUGACAAUAUCAUCCUAGCCCUGGAUAUCGACGAUGAGACAGCUGAAUUGCCGCCUGCCUCAUUCAAAGUCGCCUUGCCGUAUCCGAGCAGCAUAGGCGAGUUCUGGCCCUACAGCCAGCAGCUUGUUGCAUUGCCUCACGACCUCCAGCGAACCAUAACAACGCCAACACAUGCGACAUAUAUUGCUUUUCACCUUCUUCACGCGAUAAUCCUCUCCAAUCUCCACUCCAGACAAAGAGUGGCCGACUCCUCCGCCAGUGAACAUCAGCGGCAAUGGGCGCUAGAUAGCUGCCUUACAUUGUGGCUGAACUUCAAGCUGUGGAUUGGUUCCAGCGAAAGCGGCCCGCUUCUUCACGAAAUCGCGGCUAUGUCCAUGCAGCUGUUGGAAACGUUCACUCUCCCAAAUCAGGAGACGGAAGUUAUCUUCGAGUGCUCGUCAAGAUCUGCACAGUCGCUCAGUUCCAGUCUCGUGGAUUUGCUCCAAACUUGCGCGUCAUCGCCCUUCUCCGAAGCGAAUCAGCUCCGACUCGCAUCUUUGCUUACUCGUCUUCGUACUGUACUAGGGGAAAGUUCAAAGCAAAGGCUUUUCUCAUCUCGUCGGCACGAGAACCUCAAAUCACUCGUCUUAGAUUACUUGGAGCCGGUAGUAUCUGGAAUCUGUCAAGAUAUGGCAAGCUUCAACCGACUGCACCGGGACUUGCAGCUCGCGUUAUGCUUAUGGACUUCUCCUGGCCACUGGCCGGCCGAGGUUACUGAAUUACGGGCAGUGCUCUGCACAGAUAUCUCGCAAAGCUUUUCGGACGAUGGGCUCGGCCGUGAGUCGUUCACGAUCAUAAAAAUUUUUCGGGAUUUAAACGUUACGGAUGAGGAGAGGCCGACAAAGCGACGAAGAACCUUUCCAGAGGCCCCAGAGGAUGAGCAGUUAUCGGUGUACAAUCAACUGAUGGUAGCGCUCAAUGGCAGCUCGCCGGACUCCCCAGUGCUGGAUCUAUCCAACAUUCACAACAUUGUCAAGGCGAAAUACGCGACAAUGUCCGAAGAUCCAACGAAAUGGGAGACAGAGCAAUGCGAACUACUCGCAGCGUUCGGCAAGAUUGGUUGUGCAGGUUCCCGCUCUCUCCAGUCAAAGCUAGCGCAUAAAGACCACUGGAAGGAUUGCACCUGCAGACUUUGCGACGCAACAAAUGCACCGCAGCGCGGCGAGUUUGUGUAUUGGAAUAAUAACAUCUCUAACGAGUUGAAAGAAGUUGUCGAUGCUCUACUGGCGAUCACGGAGGAAGAAUUGUUCCAGAAAUCGUCAAAGCCUCGGGUGCUGAUGGCGUUGGCUAUUGGCCGCGUUUUCAACCACAUAUCGGAUCCCGACUAUCUGGACCUGGACAUAUGCUUAUUGGGACAGUGGCUAAUCAAGUCAAUGACCAGGUCUUUACGAGAACUCAGAAUUACAGCGUCCCGAUCAAUCAUGGUCUUCCUUCGAGAUGAUAUCACCGACUCUGUCCGGGAUAAGAAUCGCAGGGCGACGAUGGAGUUUUUCAAUGAGCUUGCAAAGCGAAACAUACUCUCGGAGCAGGAGAUGCUAGUCAUGGCCUAUGGCCAAGCUGCGCGGGUAUGCGGUGAAGUCGAGCUACCCAUCAUCCUAGAUCGGCUUGUCGAGUAUCUGGGUCACCCAAACACUGUCAUUCUUAGCAUGGCCUACAACGAGAUCUCAUCUCUUGCCGAUGACUUCGGGACAUCUCCUUUAGAAAUGCUGCGGCCCUACUGGAGAAGCAUCGGCUUCACAAUCGUAAAAGAUGUCCUCAGCAAACCCCAAAAGGCAAUUCUUGUGUCUGACCUCAUCGAACAUACCAGGAAUCAGCUACUCAUAACCCUCCGCGGGUACGUUCUCCCGAUUUUGGUCUUGACCAAACGAAAAGACAUCCUACAAUGCAUCGCAGACGCUAAAAGAACGACUAUCGGGGACAUCUGUUCUCAGCCGCGAAGGAAUCUCGCCGGCAUUCUUGCGAUGCUCUUGUGCCAGGACGGAGUUGACGUGGAAAGAUGGGCUAUGGAUACUCUGAGCGCGGUGGCGCCGGGGUUUCGGCAGCCCGGGCAAGAGCUGCAUCAUCUGGUCAAGCAGGAACCUGUGUUCAUUGCAUGUGAGGUGUUGGAGUUGGCAGCAGAGCAGGGCGGAAAGGACAAAAAACUCUUUCAUGCGGGCUUCCAUAGACUUGCUGCGCUGUCAGAGAAGAGCGACGGACAGCGAAAGGAACCAACGAAAAGAAAGGCACUAGAGUCUUUCAUUCAGAACCACAUCCUGGGAGUCAUGGCGCACUUCUCCGACAUCAUCGAAAAUCCUUCAAGAGCUCAUCCACUCCCGGAGCGAAGGAGGGCCGUAGGUGCUAUCAGAGAACUGAUCGCGCUUGCUGGAAGUGACACCAGCUAUGCGCUACCACAGCUCAGGGCUUGCCUCCAGUCCGCGACGUCCGAUGUCCAUCUCUGCGACCAGGCAUUCGACCUAUGGUCCGCUCUCCUUGCUGUCCUUGACGAAGAGGACUUGGAACUCGUCAUCGAUCAGACGUUCGCUUUGAUCGUGCAUAACUGGCCCAUCUUUUCGGACAACGCCCGCCAAAAGGCCUGUAAAACCCUUGAAACUCUCCGUCAGAAGUACAAUCCGCUACUGCAAGCCCGGAUCGGCUAUAUCCCCUCUCUGGCUUCCAUCCCAAUGAUGGCCAAGCUAGAGGCAGAAAUCGCUCGCCUUAAAGCCGGGAAAGACAAAGUCACGCUCUUCCACAUCUUUGGUGAGCGCUGUAGCGACGAGAGCGCUAUCGUUGUGCGACAGGCCUUGAAGGAGCUUGUUCCCUACCUUGAGGAAAACCAAAAACUCCUACACCAGUCUGCAAUCGGCCAGAAACCUCUUCCAGCUUUGACCACGCUCAGUCGCUCCUUACUUGACGCAUGCGUCCGAUUUGCCGAAAACAACGGUGACAUUCCAGUACUCUGCGCUCAAUGCCUAGGCCUUAUCGGUGGACUUGACCCGUACCGUGUGGAGACGGUGCGCGAGAAGAAACAGAUUCUCGUGCUCAGCAAUUUUAAGUCAGCGGCAGAUGUCACCGACUUUGCCGCGUUUAUGCUCGAGGAGGUCCUCAUCAAGGUCUUCCUUUCCACGAGCAACGCCAAGUUACAGGGAUUUCUUGCCUAUGUCAUGCAAGAACUGUGCAAGGCCUGCGGGUUCAGCAACGAGGUCGUGGCCCAGAGGCCGCGCUCGUCGCAACCCAGCCGCGCAAUGCAACGCUGGAAUCAGAUGCCGGAGUCCAUCCGCAACACGCUCUUCCCCUUCUUGAACUCGAGAUAUCUGAUUAACAUUCGACCGGGCGCUGAAGACCAGUCUCAGCCAUACCCAAUAUUCAGUCUCGAAGUCAGCCACGCCACGUGGCUUCGAACGUUCGUCUACGAUCUGUUAUACAAGGCAAAGGAGUACAAUGCGAAGAUGGUUUUCCGAGCCGUGGCCAGGGUUAUCAAAAAUCAAGACCUUUCCAUCGCCUCUUUCAUUCUGCCGUUUGCCGUGCUGAGCGUGCUUGUCGAUGGCGAGGAAAAAGACAUAAUCAACAUAGGGCAAGAGUUGUUGACAAUUCUUGAGACCAAUGUCCAAGGAACCGAUCACAUUGAUGCAACGAAUAUCAAGCAAUGUAGCGAGAAUGUCUUCCACACGUUGGAUUACCUCGCUCUCUGGUUGCAGGAGAAGAGAAAACAUGUGUCGGAUAAUAGAAUCAUGGCCGGAAAGACUGGUCGAGGCAUUUCGGAACUGGAGGAACUUGAAUCCAUUCAGCAAAUCAGUGCAGUCGAGCGCCUGUUACAACUGAUCCCGGCGAAGGUCAUUUCCACGCGUGCCGUAGAAUGUGGAUCGUAUGCUCGAGCGCUCUUCCACUGGGAGCAGUAUUACCGCGAGGAGCAACUCAAAGCGGAGGCGACGGAUGGCCUCUUCCCAAAGGAUGACCUGCUCCAACAUCUUCAGUUCAUCUAUGCCCAGAUCGACGAGCCCGACAGCAUCGAAGGUAUCUCUGCUCAUCUUCAAGUGCUGAAUUCAGAACAGCAAAUUAUGGAGCAUCGGAAAGCCGGACGAUGGACAGCUGCCCAAAGCUGGUACGAGCUCGCGCUCGCCGAGCGGCCGAACGAUACCGACACUCAAGUCAACCUUUUGACUUGCCUCAAAGCAUCCGGACAAUAUGAUGCCAUCCUCAACUACGUAGAGGGAUUUCACGCUUUCGAUUCUGUUUCGACGAGCACUCUGCCAUUCGCCGCAGAAGCAGCUUGGUCCUCAGGUAGAUGGGAUCAGCUCGAGAAGCUCAUCGCUGCCCAUUCCGAACCAGACGCUAGCGCAUCCCAAGAUUUCAAUGUUGGGAUCGGCAAAGCUUUGCUGGCAUUGCGGCGCAAAGAGGAAGCUGAAUUCAAGAACAUCGUUGGCUCUCUACGACAGACCUUGGCCAAGGGACUCUCUCCUACCACGACCGCUUCAUUGCACGCCUGCCACGACCAUCUACUAAAGUUGCAUACUCUCUACGAAAUCGAGGCUAUCAGCGGCAUGGCCGCUUAUACCACACCUAACCGCGAUGUUAUCCUGGAGAAUCUGGAUCGCCGACUGGAUAUACUGGGUUCAUACACAGCAGAUAAGCAGUAUGUGCUUGGGAUACGCCGUGCGGCGAUGCAACUGUCUCGAAUUGAGUUCACAAAUCUUGAUAUUGCGUCUGCCUGGUUGACGACAGCGAGGCUAGCGCGGAAAGGAGACUUCACCUCGGCAGCUUUCAAUUCAAUCUUGCAUGCACAACAACUUGGCGAUGAUGCCGCUAAGAUUGAGUAUUCGAAGAUGCUAUGGAAGGAAGGGCAUCACCGAAAAGCCAUCCAGAACAUUCGCGGCGCCCUCAUGAGUAAUUCUUUCCAGACGCGAGACGCAGUGCCCAUGGAUGUCUCAGUCUCAGUCGCCACGUCCGCUGACCAGUCUCUGUCUACGAACAAGGUCAAGUGCCAUGCGGAGUUGCUUCUCGCCAAGUGGCUGGAUCGAUCAGGUCAAACCGGGAUUACAGCGUUGAAAGAGGCCUAUGCCAGAGGUAUUAUGACGUUUCCCAAAUGGGAUAAGGGACACUACUAUCUAGGACGCUACUACCUCAAGCUCUUCGAGACUGAGAAACAGCUGUCGCCAGGGAGACGAUCGGACAGCUUCUUGGCUGGGGAGUUGACGAAAUUGGUGAUCGAAAACUACACUCGCUCCACAGUGUAUGGAACCAAGCACUAUUACCAGACGAUACCAAAGGUUCUCACGCUCUGGCUCGACAUGGGCGUGGAAGUCAUGAACACCCAACCGAGGCUGCCGAAAGAUAAGGAACUGCAUCAGCACAAACUUAACUACCUGGACCAUAUGAACAAGUACCUCAAGCGAUAUACGACUGAGCGCAUGCCGGCAUUUACAUGGUAUACGGCGUUCCCCCAGAUCAUAACUCGCAUCAGUCAUCCGAACAAGAGCGUGUGGGAGGUUCUGCUGAUCAUCAUUCUCAAAGUAGCCGCUCAAUAUCCGCAACAAGCUCUAUGGAGUCUCCUGGCCGUCAUUCACUCGACGCAGGAUGAUCGACGCGUACGCGGUACUUCGGUCCUUCAAAAGCUCCGAGAUCAUUCGAAGCGCAAAGGCGGCGCUCUGGACCUGAAGAGCUUGAUCAUACACGGUCAGCGUCUCACCGAUUCAUUGCUGGCAGCUUGCAAUGCUCCUAUUGAACAGAGGGUCGUCCAUGUGAGCUUGGCGAGAGAUUUGGGCUUCAAUCACAAGCUCGCGCCAUGCGCUCUCGUCGUACCUAUCGAGGCCAAUAUGAUCCCCACUCUACCGACCGGAAAUGACAGCAGGCUUAUUCGGCUUCACAAUCCGUUCCCUCAGGGAGCCAUCACAAUUGAAUCAUUCUUAGACGAUGUGCUGGUUCUAUCCUCGCUUCAGAGACCACGAAAAGUCACCGUCCGAGGCUCCGAUGGGCGGACCUAUGGUCUGCUCUGCAAGCCGAAAGAUGAUCUCCGCAAGGACCAGCGGCUUAUGGAGUUCAAUGCCAUGAUCAAUCGUGCCCUGCGAAAAGAUAUCGAGUCGAGUAAGCGUCGCCUCUACAUCAAGACUUAUGGCGUGACACCGUUGAACGAAGAAUGCGGAACCAUCGAAUGGGUCGAAGGUCUCAAGCCCAUGCGCGACAUCAUCAUCCGCCUCUACCGCCAAAAGAACAUCGCCAUCGACUAUGGCGAGAUCCGCAUGCUUCUCAACGAAGCAUGCUCCGAACCCUCAAAAACACCUAUCUUCACCCACAAGAUCCUCGCAAAGUUCCCGCCUGUCCUGCACGAAUGGUUCGUCGAAACGUUUCCUGAGCCAGAAGCUUGGUUUGCGGCCCGCCUGCGCUACACGCGCUCUUGCGCAGUCAUGAGUAUCGUGGGACAUGUGUUGGGAUUGGGUGAUAGACAUGGCGAGAAUGUAUUGCUUGAAGAAGGAAACGGAGGCACCUUCCACGUCGACUUCAACUGCCUCUUCGACAAAGGGCUCACAUUCGAAAAACCCGAGCUUGUCCCCUUCCGCCUAACGCACAACAUGGUCGACGCCAUGGGGCCCCAAGCCGUCGAGGGGCCCUUCCGGAAAGCAGCCGAACUCACUUACUCCUUACUCCGCCAGCACGAAGACACGCUCAUCACUAUCCUGGAAACGUUUGUGCACGAUCCCACAGCAGACUUUUUGGGGGGGAAGCGCAAGAAGAAGAUCCAAGGCGUGCCGGAGACGCCGCAGGAGGUCCUAGAGGUUGUGAAGCAGAAGGUGGCGGGCUUGAUUCGGGGGGAGAGCGUGCCAUUGAGUGUGGAGGGUUAUGUGGAUGCGCUAGUGCAACAGGCGAGGGAUCCGAGGAAUUUAGCGGCAAUGUAUAUUGGUUGGUGUGCUUUCUUUUAGUUUGGGGGCGUAGGUAUGGUAUGGUGGCUGUAGGACAGGGCGUUUUGGGUGUUGUGUUUGAGUUAUUGGAGGAAAAAG